UAUCUGGGGUACGUAAUUGGUCCGAGCUCCCCAGAUUUAAAGUCGGGACUAACGGAUUGCGGGAGAGCGGACUCUAAAGCCGAAAAUAGAUAUAGGGAGGCCUUCAUAUGCAUCUAUCCGCAUGCGCGCUGUGACUCCUUCCGUAUGUAUGUACAUUCGAUAAGUGGGUCUAGUUCGCUCUCGCUUCGAACGGCGGAUUCCUCAACACGUCCUAAGCCGAGGCAACUCGCGCCCUUCAUUCAAGUUACACCCUAGGUUAGGUUAGGUGGACUUGUUAUACGUACAUGUAUAUGACUACCCGAGCUUCCUACUUGGAGUUGAGUUUGUUUCUCAUUGAAUAGGGGUAUUAUAUAAUUUGACGUCACUUCCCUUUUCAAAUCCGCGUUGUGAUUCAUCUUCCUCUCGUUAAUAUUCACAUGUGGGCUUAAACGCUACUUAAAGGAGUCGUAUCCCCAACGUUGAGGACCUUGCAUAGCGCCAACCAUCCAUCCAUCAUCACCAUCAUCAUCAUCAUCAUCAUGCCAGUCCCACCGUCUCAGUAUAUAAGCAAUGUGUGGAAAGAGGGUAUAUUCGAUGGCCGCGUUGUAUUCGUAACUGGUGGCGCCGGUACCAUCUGCAGCGCGCAGACGAGGGCUCUAGUCUACCUCGGGGCGAACGCCUGCAUUAUUGGCCGUAAUCAGCAAAAGACGGAAGCCGUCGCGAACGACAUCGCCACGGCACGGAAGGGUGCGAAGGUUCUCGGGAUUGGGGGGUGUGACGUAAGGAAUCCCGAGAACUUGGUCAAAGCUGCCGAAAGAUGUGUGAAAGAGCUUGGUGCCAUCGACUUUGUCAUCGCUGGUGCCGCGGGGAACUUCGUAAGCCCCAUCUCUGGCCUUUCGUCCAAUGGAUUCAAAACCGUCAUGGAAAUCGACGUCCUUGGGACGUAUAAUACCGUUAAGGCUACUAUACCGUAUCUCAUCGAAUCCGCCGCCAGGAAUAAGUCGAAUGAGAACGGGCUGACAGGUGGAAGAAUCAUCUACGUUUCGGCCACUUUCCAUUACACAGGUAUGCCCAUGCAAGCUCACGUGAUGGCUGCGAAGGCUUCCGUCGACUCUAUCAUGGCUUCCGUAGCCUUGGAAUACGGUCCGUAUGGUGUAACCUCGAACGUUAUCGCACCCGGCGGUAUUGAAGGAACAGAAGGAAUGGCGAGGCUCGCGGGCAAGAGUGACGAGGCGAAGAAUUCCGCGGCCGGUAUCCCGUUAGGUCGAUGGGGUACAAUCCGAGAUAUUGCGGACGCGACCGUUUAUCUUUUCAGCGACGCUGGUAGCUAUGUUACUGGAGAAGUACUCGUUGUAGACGGCGGCGACUGGAGGAAUGGAGGUAUGGGUGUUGGUCUCGAUUCUGACAUGAAGUACCCGGAUUAUCUCUUUACGGGAGAGUUUUCCAAACAUGUUAAGAGCGGUAGAAAAGACAAGUCCAAGCUAUAAGCGAAAAUCGCUUAUUCAGAGCUUUAUAUCGGGGGGUUAUGUUCUCUCGGCGCAUCCAACUGUGUGGAGGCGUUUAUCUAGGUCAUAAACGAUUGGCUCCAGGGGUUUAGCCAUAAGACCUAGCAAAGGUAGCCUCUCCGCGAGGCUUCCGCUCAUCCCCGUGGGGAAAUGGGCUGCGCGUGGGUAUCAUUGUAUUUCCAUUAGGUUUCUAGGCCAGAAUUCGCUGAGCGAGUGCAUAGCUAAAUGUAUCCGGUACCUAUCUCACCAAAGCUAGGUAGGCAUGUGAGUCCGUUGAGCUUUCAUCUACCUUAAAGUAAGAAGGGCGAAUUUCAAUAAUAUAUCGGUAUUCUUAAAGGAAGGUCGGGUAGGUACUAGGUGAGCGUUGAGUAAUAAGUCCAGAGGUAUGGUUAUGAGCUAUAAUGAAGUUAACUGGUUUGAUGUGAAAAUUAAGAUAAUAAAUGAAGCUAUUCCGAACCUCGUGGUCUCCUUAGGCGCGAAGGUACUUAGGCUCUUUUAGAAAGUUCUCUUUGUCGAUGGCGGGCUUGACAUGAGUUACAAGGAGGUGGGAUGUUUGAGGAAUAUAAGAUUGUUGUAGUCGCAAUAAAUCUAAAAGGGGGUAGUGUCGAUUACUGAGCCCCGUACUUCCCGGGUAACA